AAAUUUGUAGUUAUUUUAUUAUAAGACAUGGCUUCAAUUGAAGCCGUUAUUGUUGCCGGCGUAGUGCACCUCUUCCUCCAGUACUCUCUGUAUAUAACGCCACUAACGACCCAUAGUAACCCUGGUCCCGCUCUGCCUACAAUUAUUGCCUGUGUGGCCUUAUUGGAUAUCAUCUACGCAAAUCACAUUGUGCCACUUUGCAUGGACGAGAAGCCCAUGGUGUUCAAAUAUAUUGCCGAAUGUCUGGUGGCGAUCUUCAUAAUGGAGGUGGGCAUGCUGAUCUUCUGGCAGACAUUGGAGCAUGUUGUCGUCAUGAUAGCCCGGAGCCUGCUGUUAGGCAAGGAGCUCGUUAGCUCGGAGUAUUACUAUGAUCAUGAGAUGGUGUUGAUUGGAGCCUUCACAGUGCCGGUAUCCCUAAUAGUUCUGGCCACCAUAAUUGGCUUUAACAAUCAUAUGCCCAAGCUCUGUAAUCGAUAUAUGUCUAGACAGAUGCAAGUUCACUUGCAACUGGAUAAUGCCGUCGACUUCCUGAGUCGCUCCGAUCGUUAUAAGGAUACUAGAUGUAGGGAGCUGCUCAAUACAUAUAAUGCAAACGCCCAUAAUACCCAUAAUUCCUCCUGGGUUAAAUACUUUCGAAAGGAAAAAUAAUCCAAAUAUAUUCGUACAGUUUUUUACUUUUCAAAUAAAC